AUGGCUCGUAUCACCAUGGGAGGCUUGGCUGAUUAUCAUCUCACGAGAUUGGUAGCCUGGCCGACCGACGCCGAAAUUCGCUCCCGCGGACCAACUAAAAGUCUCAGGAGACGAAUUUCAGCUCAGCCUGGCAAUUUGGGUGAUUAUCAACGGAGCGACCGGGCUACAUCGUUGAUUAAUAUCAACGGAGGAACCAAGGAUAAUUCAACUUGGAACUCAAUAAGGCUACUCGGUCAACUACUUUCAGGGCUAAGAAGGAAAAUCAUCUACAUCUAUAAGCAAUUGACUCGUCAAUGUCACGAGAAUGAAUUCCUCAUUCGAAACAAAGUCUGGAUCUGGCCAGUUCAACGUUUUGAUAGCCUUGUCAAGUUUGCUCGUUUUGUUUGUAUUCUCCACAUUGAACUCUCGAGCCUUGCUACAUACCAAUUGAAUAUUGCCCCCCCUCCCCCUUGUCUAUUAUGUACACUGUAUGGUACCGUAUGCUUUUUAGAAACGGAACAAGAACCUUGA